GGCCAGCCUGAGUCCGGGAUUGAGCAAAAAGCGCGGGCGCAGACCCCAUCCUGCCUCCGCGCGCUCUCCGCUUUCCUUGCCCCAGGUGCCAGGCGGUUCUGUGCCAGCAGGCUGAGCGGAGCGAGAGACCUUCGGGAACGCACAUUCUCCUCAGCCCGAGGUGCGCGGCGAGCACCUGGCGAAGGGGAGAGAGGGGGAGAGACUCAGGGUCGCACCUUUCCCGCGCGCUUUUCCAGCUCAGCCCCCUCGCCCGACGGCCCGGGCCAGCGGCGCACAGCCACGCGCGCGCACCCUCGCACCCCGGCGCGAGGCAGAGAGAGAGAGAGAGAGAGAGAGAGAGAGAGCCGCGAGCCCGGGCAGCCCGCCCCCUGUUCGCCUUCCCUCCGCCCUGCGCGCUCGGCUCGGGCGGGGAGGCUGGCAGGGAGCGCAGCUCGCCUUCGCCUCGCGCUCGGCCGGGCUCCUGGGGCUGCCUUCCUCCGCGGCGCGCGCCUGGCCCCUGGACGUCCAGCUGUACCCCGCGCCCCGAGAGCCGCGCAGGGAUGGAGACGGUCAACCAGCUGGCCUCCAAAGGGGGUUUCCGGGCGGUGAAGGAGCCGCUGGCGUUCCUAAGGGUGCUGGAGUGGCUUUUUGCAAUCUUUGCAUUUGCAACAUGUGGUGGCUAUUCUGGAGGACUACGACUCCGCGUGGACUGUAUAAACAAGUCAGACAGCGACCUCAGCAUUGACAUCGCCUUUGCCUAUCCAUUCAGGUUGUACCAGGUGAAUUUUGAUGCUCCCACCUGUGAAGGCAAACGGCGAGAAAAACUUUCCCUCAUAGGAGACUUCUCUUCUUCUGCGGAGUUCUUUGUCACAAUUGCUGUCUUUGCCUUCCUCUACUCAUUGGCAGCCACAGUGGUGUACAUCUUCUUCCAGAACAAAUACCGUGAAAACAACCGUGGUCCUUUGAUUGACUUCAUCGUGACAGUCGUGUUUUCGUUCAUGUGGCUGGUGGGUUCCUCUGCUUGGGCCAAAGGACUCUCUGACGUGAAGGUCGCUACUGACCCAGAUGAAGUGCUCUUACUGGUGUCAGCUUGCAAACAACAGUACAACAAGUGCAUGCCAGUGCGCAGCCCUGUUAUGUCAAGUCUGAACACUUCAGUGGUCUUUGGCUUCUUGAACUUUAUCCUCUGGGCAGGAAAUAUUUGGUUUGUUUUUAAGGAGACUGGUUGGCAUUCUUCAGGCACGAGGUACCCUCAAGACACCAUGGAGAAACAAUCCAGCAGCUACAACCAAGGAGGCUACAACCAAGAUAGCUAUGGGCCAAGUGGUGGGUAUAACCAGCAGGGAGGCAGUUUUGGGCAACAAACCAACUAUGGCCAAGUGGGUGAAUUUGGCCAACAACAGAGCUUUAGCCAGAGUGGCCCAACCUCGUUUGCUAAUCAGAUUUAGCACUGGCAGAGUUCGGAGAAUUCUUACCUUGAGUAUUAUAUGUAGAACGUUGAAACACAGUGGCAGCAGAUUUUUGAAACUCUUAAGAUAAAUGUGGCAGAGAGUUUAACGUAAAUCAAAGAUCUAUGUGUGCCAAUCAGGGAAGAGAGUUUUGGUUCUUGUCUGUUUAUAUACAAUGCAUUUUCUCCUUGUGAGUAGGUGAUGGAUGACAUGUUCAUCACAGGUGGUGGAUUGGAGUAAAUUAUUGUUGUAUGUACUGUAUAGAUAACUUUACAGUUGUUUUGUAUUGUACGGUAGCACCAUUUUGUAGUCUUGAGUCUACAAUAGAUGAUAUGCAUAACACAAUGGAAUCUGCAUUUGAUUUGUUUUUGCAUUACAGUGAAGAGCAAAAUAUGUCUCCAUAUAAUUUCUGAAAAAUUCUCUAUAUAUCACAAUGCAUGCACUGUAACGCUUAGGUUUUCAGCAUUGCCUGUAUAUUACUGUUAGUUCCUCCUAUUUGGUUUUUCUUAAUUUAAAAAAAAGUAUUGAAGAUCUUAUUAAACUUCAUAAAUUAGCAGCAUGUCCUAGAGCAUGAAGCAGCAGAAUUUUUACACCAACAGAAUAUUAUGAGCUGCAUACAUGGAAUCUUUUAAUAACCACAUCUCCUAAUUCGUUUGUUCAAUAUGUUUUAGAGAAUGUAUGUAAGCCUAUUUUAUAUACUUUACAGAACCGGAUCAAACUCUGAGCGUUGCAUAUAAGUAAAACGAUUUUUCCUCAAAAGGGCAUUCAGAGAUAUAUAUGCUGUAAAUGAAUGGAUUAUUUUCUGUUUCAUCAAAUUCAAUAUUCCUUCGACAAAUCUGUAUUUCUAUUGAUGUUUUGUGACUCUUUGAACUGUGAGCUGUGUAAUAUAAGGACCAAGUAACUGUGUUUACAUGUUUACAGAGGUAAUUAUUUAACUAAGGUAAUGGAGGUGCAGAUAUCAGUAAGUGAAACUAUGUGGGUGGAAAACACCACGUUGAUUGAUAGGCACAACACACAACCAGUUGUGUGCUGUCAGGCUGUUGAUAAACAGUACACUACAAAAUAACAGAAUUUCCUAUAUUGUCAAUAAUAAGGACAGAAUGUGUUUCUGUGCUGUUUCAAAACUGCUCCAUGUCUGUUCAGUCCAGUCAUUAGGAUGAGUACUGGAUUUGGUGCUAUCAGUAAGUAGAAGGAGAGUGUCAAAUGUAAGAUCUCAACCACCAGAAACAGAGGGCCAGUUUCCUGGCAAAAUAUACCAGGGGCAUAGCUAAGUUUACAGGUCACGCUGGUUGCCUGUUGCCUGUAAUACUUCCUAGGACUGUAGUUUCCAUUCAGCUACUGCUUCUCAGAGAGAAUUCCUUCACUCCAUCACCAGUGAACAAAGUCAUAGCUGCUAAUGGACAGCUAAGCUGUCUUUCCUCCAGCAACAGACAGAUUCCCACAGUGGCUUUUCAACUUUUACACUGCUCAGUGGAAGUCAGUUUGAAAGCAACCUCUGUGAUAUAGCCAGGAAGACUCCGCUCUGAUUGCACUAUUGUGUGAAAAGGUUUUCAGGAGGUCCUUCAGGGAGCGGUCAGAUGAAGCAAACCAUUACAUGCAUAGCCAAACUAACACCUGGGCUAAAUUAUACACACACUAUCGAGAGCCGUCUGUUUUCGCAUGGCAUAUCUGCUGGUAAGGGUUGCCACAGAUGUUUGGCAUGUUGAGCUUGUUGCCUCAGGAAUACACCACAGGAACUCCAUGAUGAUUUGACACAAUCUUUUUAGACCGUGGCACUUUGCACAUUUGCAUGUUGCUCAGAGGAACCAAGGCAGCCUCUGGGUUCUGGUUCCAAACUGCGGACAGGAAUUGAGACUCUCUAGCAAUCUGUGAGUCUAUGGCUCUCCUGCAUAUUAUCAUUUGCAUACUAUCAUUUGCAAGAGUUAAUAUUUAUGGAAAGCACUCACACCGGACGUCACGUCAGUGCCCAUGAAGGUGAAAUAUGCCUUGGACCAUGCCUAAGCCCUCCUCCAGUGUUAGCAAUUACCAGUAUAUGCUUGUACAGACAUACAUAUUGCUGGAGACAGGUAGGGUAGAAAGGGUUCUUAGAACCCUUCCUUUACUUUGCUACUAGUCCAACUAACUGGACGACUCAUUCUUGGGGUGAAAAAUGGCUGAUGAUGCCUGAUAUAGACCAUGAGAGAUACUGUAGUACAACAAAAGUCAUCUUAGCCUCCAUUUGCAGCCUACAGCAGAACACACCAUAAACAAGCACUGAACAUCUGCAUUUCUAAAGACAAAAAGUGUAUCGGUCUAUAAUAUCAUUGUAUGAGUUGUAAAUGUUCAAAGCAUCUUUUAGCAUUAAGCAGCAUAGUCAACUAUAUGAUUGUUGUAACCAAUGUAUGGCUGCUCGGUGGAUGAAACAAUAUUGUGAUAUAUCUAUUUGAUCCUAAUAAAUAAAGUUUAUUGCAAAUGGU